AUGCUUGUUGGAUAUUGUGAUAGUGAUUGGUCAGGAUGUGAAGAUGAUAUGAGGAGUACUUCUGGCUAUGCUUUUCAUCUUGGAUCAGGUGUUUUCUCUUGGGCAUCAGUCAAGCAAAGCUGUGUAGGUCUAUCCACAGCAGAGGCAGAAUAUAUUAGUGCAGCUGAAGCUACAGCACAAGCAGUCUGGCUGAGGUUUGUUCUAUCUGAUUUUGGUGAGGAACAAGUUGAAGCUACCCAAAUUUUUUGUGAUGACACUUCAGCAAUAGCAAUAACAAAGAAUCAUGUACAUCAUCACAAGACAAGGCAUAUAAACAGAAGAUUUCAUUUCAUCCGGGAAGCUUUGCAAAAUGGUGAGAUUGAUUUGUUAUACUACAGAACUAGAGAGCAGAAUGCAGAUAUCUUUACUAAGGCGCUGGCAAGAGAUUGGUUUGAAUAUGUAAGGAGCAAGCUUGGAGUCAUUUCAGCUAAACACUUAGAAGGGAGUGUUGAAGUAUAA